AUGAGUAUUGGUGCUCUGCUCCAGACCACUUCGUAUGGUCUCGCACAGAUGUUCGUUGGACGGGUUGUUGCAGGCAUAGGAAACGGGAUCAACACGUCCACGGCCCCUAUCUGGCAGACGGAGACAGCCCCGCCACAAUGGAGAGGAAAACUGGUCCUUGUCGAAAUGGUUAUGAACAUAUUUGGAUCUGCGCUGGUCAAUUGGAUCAAUUAUGGCUUGUCUUUUUGUGGAGGAGCUGUAGCAUGGCGAUUUCCCAUUGCCUUCCAGUUUGUUUUCAUUAUUAUCUUAUUCUUGACUGUGCCAUGGCUCCCUGAAUCUCCGAGAUGGCUCUUAUCACAUGGCCACGCAAUUGAGGCAGUCAAAGUGCUGGCAUGCCUCGAAGAAAAACCCGUUGACGAUCCAUUUAUCUCAAUGCUUUGCCAAGAGAUUGAAUACAGUAUCCACUACGAGCGCGAUAAUCAAACACGAUGGCGAGAUCUUUUCCUACGCAAGAAGAACCAGGAUACCAAGACCCUUCGCAGACUUAUCCUAGGAGCUGGCACGCAGCUUAUGCAGCAGUUUGAGGGCAUCAACGUCAUGUCCUAUUACAUGCCCACCGUGUUCAUGAAUUCAGUUGGUCUGUCUAAUAGCAUGUCAAGGCUGCUUACUGCCUGUAACACGUCGUCCUACUUUGUCUUCACUUGUAUCGCUGUACUCUUGGUCGAGCGUUUAGGCCGAAGAGGUUUGAUGUUGCUGUCGACCUUUGGUCAGUUCGUUUCCUUCCUGAUCAUUACUAUACUGUUGCGCUUGGCAGAGAACAAGCCAACAGGAUCGGCUGUCGCAUCCGCCUCUAUUGCUUUCUUCUUCUUGUUCUAUGCUUUUUUUGGGCUCGGUAUGCUCAGUAUUCCAUGGUUGUAUCCAACAGAGAUCAGUUCGCUUCCAAUGCGGACCAAGGGUGCGUCCGUUGCAACGGCUACCAAUUGGAUUUGCAACUUUAUCGUCGUCGAAAUCACGCCCAUCGGCAUCCAGAACAUUGGCUGGAAAUUCUGGAUCGUCUGGACGGUUCUCACUGCUACCUUCCUCCCGGUGAUUUAUCUUUUCUAUCCAGAAACAGCAAACCGCAGUCUGGAAGACAUUGAUGCCUACUACCGCUUUAAUCCCUCCCUGUUCGUUAUCAGAGACCCAGAUGCAAUUUGCACGAAGCGCCCUCAGAAGUAUAUUCAACACGAAAGUGAGGAAGUACAAAAGAAUGCCAAACAAGGAACACUGGACAUGUACAAGGCGCAGUCUCAUAUGGUGGAACAUGUGGAAUAA